ACGUUCCAAAACUCAUUGAGAGUGGUACAGCCUUCCACUCGUGAGAAAGUACAACGGUAUAAAAUUUGAGGUUAGGAACCUGACGGGAAGGGAGAUCUCCAAUAUAUCAAGUGUUAGGUAAUACUGCCCUGACUAUGGCAAAUAUACUCAAAAAGUCCACGAAUUUAAAAGGCUUAGCCGUUUGCAAAAAUCCUCACCAAGAAUUAAUUCCGUUGUACAAUAGAAUUUUGAGAGUGCUAGAAAAGUUUCCGAAAGACUACACUUAUCGAAAAGAAACAGAAGAGCUUGUCAAGAACAGAUUGAAAGUCAUGAAAAAGAAUGAAAAUAUACAAACUAUAGAGGACAAGAUAAAUUCCGGACAGGUUGAAGAACUUAUAAUACAGGCGAAAAACGAAAUAUCACUGGCAGAGAAGAUGUUAGUAUGGAAACCAUGGGAGAAAUUGAUGCAGGAUGCACCACCCAACCAGUGGACGUGGCCGCCGUAUAAAUAAUCUCAAUUUGUUAUAGAUAUUUGUACAUAGCAUAUACAGCUACUACUAAUGUGAAUGAAUAGAUUACGCAUUAUAUAUACGUUCACAAUAUUAAUGUGAGACAUUGUUAUUUAAUAAAUAUUCCUUAUAACGCUCUCA